GGUAUAAAUUCCCUGCAAGAACCCAGCACGAGGGUACUUGAUUCACGGUAGCUACAGUUUUGUAUUGUCUAACGUUAGUUUUUGGUACGAAAGUCCAAAUUUUAUUUUUCUGGAAACUACAGUUAUCAACAGAUUUUUUCAGCAUGCGGAUUCUUAUAGCAAUGUUGAGCUUGGCGACCCUAGCUCACACACAGUUCAAGUAUCCCCAAUACAGCCCAGAUUAUUACGGUCGACGUUGGGCAAUUUUACGGCAGAGUCAUAAUCAAGACAUUGAUGGUACUUAUGCGUACAGUUACGAUACGGAGAACGGGAUUUCGGUAGCAGAGCAAGGUGCUCCAAAAAAUCUUGGUCUAGGAGGUCAAGCAGAAGUAGUAAGAGGUCAAUACAGCUACACCGCACCUGAUGGUACACCGAUCUUGGUAUCUUACACAGCGGAUGAGAAUGGAUUUCAGGCGACUGGUGCUCACCUUCCUACACCACCACCAAUACCAGUAGAAAUCCAACGGGCCUUGGCUCAUAAUGCAGCACAUCCUGAAGAAGAGGAACCAUAUAAUAAAAGAUACUAUGGCGUAGCCAAGUAAACAAUAAAAAAUCGCAUUCUCUGACGUCAACAUAUUGCCUUUGUAAACCUAGACUAAAAGAAAUUUACAAUCAAACUUUGGUCCUGUUAAUAAUUUAUUACCAGGAAAACAGUCAAUUCUAAGAAUAAUUAAGAUUCAAACCCGGAAUAGGAAGAGUACGAAUUAAAUACAACUCAAGAAAUUACCUUUUCUCAUGUGGAUAAAUGGACAAUUAUCAAUUGGGCACUCAAAUAUAAACUAGAAUUUUCAUACUCUAUUCUUAAAACAAUUUUUCUCGUUUAUAUCUGAGUGCUUGUUGUCUAUUAAUGGCUAUAUCCAGCCGUGAAUGAAAAUUGGAUUGAUUCGUAAUCUUGAUGUUUGAUUUCUCCGUAUCGCUUUCAUAUCGAAACUAUAACCUAAAAAGACCACUUGCUAUAUCGAUGUAUCGAUAAUCUGAUGUAAUCGCCGUCAUAUAAGAUUGGUUUUUGUUUUGAUUACUACUGCAUAAUAUUCCAUGUACCACCUUAUUUCGAAAAAAUGCCAGUUUAAUUCUACUUACAUUGUUUAAUAAGUACUUGCAUAGAAUGAACAAAAAAAAUGCUAAUAUUGUGGUACAUAUUAUCAUGAAACAUACUAGCAAGCAACAAUAAAAAAUGGUUUAUUCUAACAAA